GGCUGCAAAAUGGCGGCGCCUGAGGAGCGGGAUCUAACACAGGAGCAGACAGAGAAGCUGCUGCAGUUUCAGAACCCUUCCUGAGCUCUUGACGUGUGUGCUGUACAACCCAUGAUCUGACUGGCAUAGAAUCUAUGGAUCAAUGUCGCCAUACCUUGGAACAGCAUAACUGGAACAUAGAGGCUGCUGUACAGGACAGAUUGAACGAGCAAGAGGGUGUACCAAGUGUUUUCAACCCACCACCAUCCCGACCCUUGCAAGUUAAUACAGCCGACCACAGGAUCUACAGCUAUGUUGUUUCAAGACCACAACCAAGGGGGCUGCUUGGAUGGGGUUAUUACUUGAUAAUGCUUCCAUUCCGGUUUACCUAUUAUACAAUACUUGAUAUAUUUAGGUUUGCUCUUCGUUUUAUACGGCCUGACCCUCGCAGCCGGGUCACUGACCCCGUUGGGGACAUUGUUUCAUUUAUGCACUCUUUUGAAGAGAAAUAUGGGAGGGCACACCCUGUCUUCUACCAGGGAACGUACAGCCAGGCACUUAAUGAUGCCAAACGGGAGCUUCGCUUUCUUUUGGUUUAUCUUCAUGGAGAUGAUCACCAGGACUCUGAUGAGUUCUGUCGCACCACACUCUGUGCUCCUGAAGUUAUUUCACUAAUAAACACUAGGAUGCUCUUCUGGGCAUGCUCCACAAACAAACCUGAGGGAUACAGGGUCUCACAGGCUUUAAGAGAAAACACCUAUCCAUUCCUGGCCAUGAUUAUGUUGAAGGAUCGGAGAAUGACUGUGGUAGGACGGCUAGAAGGCCUCAUUCAGCCUGAUGACCUCAUUAACCAGCUGACAUUUAUCAUGGAUGCAAACCAGACUUACCUGGUGUCAGAACGCCUAGAGAGGGAAGAACGAAACCAGACCCAGGUGCUGAGACAACAACAGGAUGAGGCCUACCUGGCCUCUCUCCGGGCUGACCAGGAGAAAGAGAGAAAGAAGCGGGAGGAGCGGGAGCGGAAGCGGCGGAAGGAGGAAGAGGUGCAGCAGCAGAAGUUGGCAGAGGAGAGACGGCGGCGGAAUUUACAAGAGGAGAAGGAAAGGAAGUUGGAGUGCCUGCCCCCGGAGCCUUCCCCUGAUGACCCUGAAAGUGUCAAAAUCAUUUUCAAAUUACCCAAUGAUUCUCGAGUAGAAAGACGAUUCCACUUUUCACAGUCUCUAACAGUAAUAGAAAAUUACCUUCUUUUUCUGCAGGUAAUCCACGACUUCUUAUUCUCCUUGAAAGAAAGCCCUGAAAAGUUUCAGAUUGAAGCCAAUUUUCCCCGGAGGGUGCUGCCCUGCACCCCUUCAGAGGAGUGGCCCAACCCCCCCACGCUGCAGGAGGCCGGACUCAGCCACACAGAAGUUCUCUUUGUUCAGGACCUAACAGACGAAUGACACUUUUUCUUCCUCUCCUUUUCAACCCCAAUCCCUAAAAGAAAUGGAAAAAAACAAAAAAAUAAGAGAGAGAAAUUCAUAUUAUUAUUAUUAUAAUACAAUAUUUUUUUUAAAAGACUGCUGCAUCCUCAGGAAGGAUCAGAAACCAUGCUGCCUGCAAAAGUCACCACCUGUGUGUGCACUCGAGGUUAGCAGUGAACGUUCCUGCUGGCAAACCCACCCUUCCCUACUGCCUCUGCACCACACCUUCCAGUGAAAGGAGACUCUUCACCUCCAACCCAGCCAUUGUCCCAACUGGGGAAGGGGACAUUCCCACUAGAUCUCAUUCAUUCUUGCUUUUAUAGAAAAUAAAAGUGAAAAAACCUCCAACAACCAGCUACUGCAGCAUCUCCUGAGGACUUGCUUCUUCCACCUCUGGAGAAGAGAGGGAAGGGAAGGCACAGAGCAGAGAUGUUCCUUGAACUUCCCACAAUUUAUGAAUAACUUUAAUUUUUUUGUUGUUGUUGCUUUGUAAUGACCAAAGGAAUGAGGCUGACAUAGAUGUAUUUUUUUUCCUUAACAUCAUUUGAUAAAGAGCCAUUUCUUAAACCCAUGAGUUCUUGCCCUGGGCUCCUUAGCCCACAAGAGUGUAAUAAAGGUGUCCCAGGCUGGUUUGUGCUUAUUUCUGCCAUUGUCCCUCUCACGUUCCCAGAGAGGUUCUUUUUGGUCCAACUCUUGCUGUCCUUUCUUGCCACCUAUGCAUCCCACUUGGUACAAUGGGAGGAAAUCUGGGUUUGUAGCUCUACAAAGGCUGUGUAUGUACAGAUACAUCCAUAUACAUGGUAUGAACUCCGUGUAGACUAACCUAUACGUACAACUGCAGCUUUUCCUUGGAAUCUGGACCAGGUGGUCAUUAUGGGAUCUGAACAAAGGAUAUGUGUUCUGACAUGUGCAUGCUAUUCCUGCCCAGCCUUGAGCUUUCCUGAAUUGCCAAGCUUGGUGCCUUUCCAGAGGACAAGCAGGGUCUGUGGUGGAACCAGCAGAACCAUGUGAGAAUACCCCGCCUGUCUCACUGGGAAUGUGGUGGUGGUGGUGGUGUUUUAAGGGUUGAAAGAACCGGAGGCCUUGAAGGGAGCCAAGACAGAACUCAGCCUGUGUAAAGUGUCGGAAGGCACAUUUCAGUUUUUGGUGUAGCCACCUGCUGGGGGCAGUUUUAUCCUCUCCCUCUAUUGCUGUGUUGAAGCAGUAGGGGUUUUUCCCUCUGAUGUCUCAUCUGUGGUUGAGUUUAUGGUAAUGAGUAUGAGUAUAGGGGUCAGGCCAUGUAUUCACAGAUGUCAGCGUGAGCUGACAAGUAUUCCAAAGUGUUCUGUAGCUAGACUUGCAGAACUUGUAACGCUGCAACCUACUGAAGUUACUGAAGUUAUUGCAGUUCCCUAGCAUGCUGUGAGGCCAGGGGUUCAUGUCAACAUAAAGCAUAACUUGCUAGACUUGCAGCCUCCAAAGGCUUUCUCUUGCUUAGCUAAAAGCUAAGGACCAUUCUUUUAAGUAGCAGUGAUGUGACUGCUCUUCUCUGCCACCCUUAGUGUUUGGGGUAAACACCAAGGGGCAGGGUGAGGAGCCCCAUGGGUAUCACCUGGGGAGCCUGAGAAUUUCCCAGUGGCCUUGGCACAGGUGUCUGCAGUACCAUCUUCAGGAAACUUUAAUUCUGCUCCUGGCUCCCUGUUUUUCUUUCACUUUGUUUCCUGCUGUCCCAAGUCCAGAUGAGUGGGAAAUCGCUUUCCGACUGUUGUCAUAAAAUGUAUCUGGAGUGACUAAGGAUAAACUGUUCUCCACUCUACCUUACGUGAAGUCUACUUCCUGCUGACAACCAUGCAAAGAUGAAUUUUUCCACUUAACUCGGAGCCACCCUCCCUGUCUGGAAUGCAGAGCUGUUUCCCCGUAUAGGAUGGUAUUAAGGACCUUCACCAGGCUGGGUGUACCAAGUAUCUUUUCCACACCACUUUGGGAAGUUGUAAAUAUUUUCUUAAUAAUUCAAUCUGCAUAUUAUUCUAUGAUGUGCACUUUACGCCUCUUGCCUUUUGAUAACUUGUCCAGUGAAGAAGGUCAGAUGCCAGAGUAUUAAAGUCUUCCUAGCGUUGAAACAGCCCUGCUUUACUCAGUCUCGCUUCCUGUCUUCAUGCUGACCUAGACCUGCUGCCUAGGUGCCAUCUCCUCUCCUCCAUGAAAGAUGCACAUUUUGUCAACGCCCGGACAAUCUGUAUGUUACUCCCAAAGACCUCUGGGAACUUGAUGGGACCUGCAAGUGAGAAAAUACUGAGAAGCCGGUGAUCUGCAAGCAUUUGCUCUUCUUUCCAAAUCACCUCCUAAUUAUUUCAGCUGUUGUUUCCAAAUGGCAAGUCAUCAACUAAACAAAAACACUUGUUUCCAGUUUUGUUUUGUACUCCCAAGACUAAAGUUGUAGAUUCAGCUGAAUUUCCAUAGGAACUGACCAAGCAAAGAUACCUAAUUGAAGUCAGUCGAAUUUCUGCAGCCUCAGUCUUUUCUUUCACUUCUGCAGGAUUUCCUGCAGCAAAUACUUCUUUCUCCUUGCUUGUUUUCACUAUGAUGUUUGGAUAAGAGAUGGCCAAUGGAGAAUAUUUCUUUUAGAAAAAAAUAAAAAGAACCUAGAAUCUUCAACUGAGCUGUCAUGAAAAUUGCUAAUGGUGCCAAGGCCAAGGAAAAAGUUACAGAAAAUGACUGUGGGAAGGAGUGAUAACCCCCAGAAUGCAAAAUCAGGAGUGUAUUAUCUGGUGCUUGAACAAGGAGCUCCACUUUACAACUGGUUUUUUUUAGGACUUGUGAGGGAUGCAGCAACAGGAAAUCCAUCCACAAAGGAUGCAGUGCCCCAACUUGUACUGCACCUGAAUAGUUACGUGAUAAUUUACUGAAGAAAUCUAGUGUACUUUAAAUUUUUUUCAUAAAAGUUUACAUUGUAUUGUAGGUUAACAUUAAAUGUUUUAUAACAAAAA